GCCGACUGUCCUCAACUGUAACUCAACUAUAUAUUGCACACAGAGAAAGAUCAAAUAAUACUAAUAACUAGUUAAUGGCCUUUUCAGCUUCAACACCCACAGUCUAUUUAGCCUCCUUAAGCUCUUCAAGUGGAACUUCCCUCCCUUCUUCAUCAUUCUUCAAGCCUCUUAACCUUCCUCUCUUCUGGCCAUGGCAAAAGGUGAAGGUGGGCCCACUAAACGUGUCUCCAAUGGGGUUUGGGACAUGGGCAUGGGGCAACCAGCUUCUUUGGGGUUACCAGGAGUCAAUGGACAUUGAGCUUCAGAGGACUUUCAAUCUGGCUGUUGACAAUGGCAUCAACCUCUUUGAUACUGCUGACUCUUAUGGGACCGGCAAGUUGAAUGGUCAAAGCGAAAAGCUACUCGGCAAGUUCAUUAAGGAAUACCAAGGGCAAAAGCGCGUGCAGGACGACAUUGUGAUAGCUACCAAGUUUGCAGCAUAUCCAUGGCGCCUCACACCAUCACAGUUUGUAAAUGCUUGCAGGGCCUCCCUUGAUCGAAUCGAAAUUGAGAAAAUUGGAAUAGGGCAACUGCACUGGUCGACCGCAAACUACGCUCCUUUGCAGGAGAAGGCUCUUUGGGAUGGUUUAGUAGCAAUGUAUGAGAAGGGCCUGGUUCGAGCAGUUGGGGUCAGCAACUAUGGACCAAAGCAGCUUUUAAAGAUAUAUGAUUACCUCAAAGCUCGUGGAGUUCCCUUGGUCUCAGCUCAGGUGCAAUUUUCUUUGCUAAGCAUGGGAGAAGAUCAGUUGGAAACCAAGAAUAUAUGUGAUUCUCUGGGCAUCCGCUUAAUUGCUUAUAGUCCUUUAGGACUUGGAAUGCUUACUGGGAAAUAUACUCCUGACAAACUUCCACGUGGCCCUCGCGCUUUUUUAUUCAGGCAAAUUCUUCCAGGAUUGCAGCCUUUGUUGAGUUCACUCAAAGAAGUUGCGCGAAAAAGGCGCAGAACUGUACCUCAGGUGGCUAUAAAUUGGUGCAUUUGCAAAGGUGCCAUUCCAAUCCCGGGUGUUAAGAGCGUGAAACAAGCAGAGGAAAAUUUGGGGGCUAUUGGUUGGCGGCUGAGUUCAGAAGAGUUGCUUCAGUUAGAAUAUGCAGCCAGCGAAUCUCCCACAAAGAUGAUCCAGAACAUUUUCCAAACAAGAUGACAUUUGGAAAUUAGAAGUGAGUUCUAACCGAGAAGAUUUCAACUCAAGCUAUCCCAAGUACCAACGAAAUGCCAAGUAUGAGAAUUGUAUUAUCUCUAGCAAACGGAAGAUAAAAGUGAAAUUUUUCUUGUUUAACGUUUUUAAUUUGAUUGCCAAUCCUAGAAACAGAAAAUGAAUAUGGUUGUUAGAAAAUAGAAAUUAGUAUUGAAAUUGUCGUUAGUUAUUCGGAAUUUUCUGGCUUUUAUUUCG